AUGGGGGGAAUUGGCAAGACCACUCUUGCUAAGCUUGUAUACAAGGACAAGAGGGUGAAGGAGCAUUUUGACCUUCAAGCAUGGGUAUGUGUUUCGGAUGAGUUUGACGUGUUAAGGGUAACUAAAACAAUUAUAGAGGAAGUAGGUUUGUCUAGUAAUGCUGAUAAAAAUCUAAAUCUACUUCAAGUUGCACUACAAGAGAAAUUGAUGGGGAAGAAAUUCCUACUUGUUUUAGACGAUGUAUGGAAUGAGGAUAAAGCUAAAUGGGAAGUCUUAAGCAAUCCAUUAAAAUCCGGGGUACAAGGAAGCAUGGUCAUUGUAACAACACGCAAUGAAGGUGUUGCAUCAAUCAUGCGCACCGUUCCAACUCAUCAACUAAAGAAGUUAGGAGAAGAAAAUUGUUGGUCACUAUUUGCAAAACAUGCAUUCCACGAUUACAACUCUAAUGAAUGUUCAGAGAUAGAAGUAAUAGGUAGACAAAUUGUAAAAAAGUGUGAAGGCCUACCUUUAGCAGCCAAGACAAUUGGCGGUCUCUUGCAAUUUAAACUUGAUGUUGAUGAAUGGAAGAGGAUAUUGAAUAGCGAAUUAUGGGAUUCGCCAAUUGACGAGACCAAUAUUCUUCCAGCUUUAAAUUUAAGUUACAAAUAUCUUCCCUCACAUUUAAAGCAAUGCUUUGCUUAUUGUUCAAUAUUUCCUAAAGAUCAUGUUUUUGAAAAAGAUCAAGUAGUCUUAUUAUGGAUGGCAGAAGGUUUCUUAAAAGAAACUAGAAACAAAAGAAUGGAAGAGGUUGGUGAAGAUUACUUCCUUGCUUUAGUGUCAAGAUCUUUGUUGGAACAAUCAAGUGGCAAUAAAUCAGGUUUUGUAAUGCAUGAUCUUGUCAACGACUUGGCAAAAUUUGUGUCCGGGCAGUUUACCUUUAGAUUGGAGGUUGACCAUUCUCAUGAAAUUGUGAACAAGACUCGCCAUUUCUCAUAUUUUAGAAGGGGACAUGAUAACUUUAAGAAGUUUGAGUCUCUUUACGAGGCUACUCGAUUGCACACAUUCUUGCCAUUGGAGUUGUCACCAGACCAUAGUUACUUCUUCUUAACUACACGAGUACCACUUGAUUUAUUGCCAAAGCUAAGAUGCUUGCGGGUGCUCUCUCUAUCUCACUAUCGCAAUAUCACUAAGUUGCCUGAAUCAAUUGGCAAAAUCAAGCAUCUACGUUAUUUGAACCUUUCUUCCACUGCAAUUAAAUGGCUGCCUGAUUCCAUAUGUAAGUUGUACAAUUUGCAAACAUUGAAUUUAUCAGGUUGUAAAGAUCUUUCUGAAUUGCCAAGGGAGAUGCGAAAACUCAGUAACUUACGUCAUCUUGAUAUCAGUGGAACUGCCAUAAAAAAGAUGCCAAUGCAGUUGGGUAGACUAAAACGUCUUCAAACAUUAACUAAAUUUAUUGUUAGCAAACAUAGUGGGGCUUCCAUUAAAGAGUUGGCGAAUCUUGCAAAUCUUCGAGGAAAGCUUUCUAUUUUAAAGCUCCAAAACGUUGUAUCUCCUACAGAUGCUCUGAAAGCAUGCUUGAAAGAUAGGGAGUACCUUGAGGAGUUGGUGUUGAAAUGGAAUGCAUUAGAUGCUAAUAUUUUAGAAUGUCAAAAAUCUAUACUUGACAAUCUCCAGCCCCAUAGUAACUUGAAAAGUCUCACUAUCAACAAUUAUGGCGCUGAAAGUCUUCCAGAUUGGGUUGGGCAUAAUUCAUUUUCUAAUAUAGUAUUUCUUCACCUAAAAAACUGUAAACAUUGUCGCAACUUGCCACCACUUGGGCAGCUACACUCUCUCCAGUACCUCUCUGUUGUUGGGUUUGAAGAAGUUGUUAAAGUGGAUCGUGAGUUUUAUGGCAACGAUUCUUCAUCAGUUAAGCCAUUUGGAGCCUUGAAAGUUCUAAAGUUCAAGCAAAUGUUGAAGUGGGAGGAAUGGUCUUCUUUUGGUUUUGAAAUCGAAGGUGGAGCUUUUUCUCAACUUGAAGAGCUUUAUAUUGGUUUCUGCCCCAAGCUGACAGGAGGGUUGCCUGUCCAUCUUCCUUCUUUAGCUAAACUUGGGAUUCAUAAAUGUCCGCAGUUGGUCGCUUCACUCCCAAGGGCUCCUGUUGUACACAAAUUGCAGCUAAGACAUUGUAACGAGGUUUUGUUAAAGGAAUUGCCAAUUGGAUUGCGGAAGCUCAAUAUUGAAGGAUUUGACGCACUAGAGUCCCUUCCCGAGGAAAUGGUGCACUCCAAUAGCAGUCUUCAAGAGCUAACAAUCUCAAAUUGUAUGAAGUUAGAGCUCCCAACACACCUUGACUUUUCAUCCCUUGAAAGAUUGUCGCUGGAAAUUUGUGAUUGCCUCAAGUCAUUUCCAUUAGACUUAUUCCCAAAGCUUUAUUAUAUCAACAUCUCUGGGUGUAAGAAUUUGGAAUCUUUUACAGUUUCAGAACAACAUGGACGUGAUUUAGUGACCUUGCAUAUUACCAUCACCCAUUGUCCUAAUUUUGUAUCUUUUCCAGAAGGAGGAAUUUGUGCCCCCGACCUUACAUACUUUUGUGUCUGCAGUUGUGCAAGUCUGAGGUCACUACCAAAGAAGAUGCAUAUACUCCUCCCUUCUUGUAAAACUUUUACUGUAAUUAAUUGUCCACAAGUUGAAUUGUUGCCCGAAGGGGGCUUUCCUUCCAAUUUGAAAGCACUUUAUGUCGAGAAUUGUGAAAAACUCAUUGCCGGUCGGAUGGGAUGGGGUUUACAAACACUCCUAUCUGUUAGAUAUUUGUAUUUUUGUGGCAAAUAUGAAGAUGUUGAGUCUUUUCCAGAGCCAGGGUUGCUGCCUUCCUGUCUGAUCGGGCUUACUAUCACUGGAUUUUCAAAUAUGAAAUCUUUGGACAAGAGAGGGCUUCAACACCUCACAUCUCUUGAAGAAUUGUGGGUCAUCAACUGCCCUAAGCUCAAGUACAUGCCAAAAGAGGGGUUGUCUACAUCCCUUUCUGUUAUACGGAUCGAUUAUUGCCCUUUGUUGAAGAAACGGUGGCAAAGCAAGAAAGGGAAAGAACGACGAAAGAUUCCUGAUGUCGAUCACAUAUUGAUUGAUUAUGAAGAAUAUAUUGGAUGAGCUAAAAGCCUUGCAAGAGUCCUAUUUUUUGUUAUAAUACUUGCACAUCUGUUAGAAUUAAGAGGUUCGGAGAGCUUGGGUGACAAUUACAAGGAGCGGAGGCAGGUAAAUAGAGUCUACGAUCUUGUGAGGCAUGAAUGCCUGAAGGUACUGAAAAUUUCGUGGUACCUUGUUGGACUUAUGGCUGGGUAGAAAAUCGAGAUCAUGCAUGGGAAUUUUGCUCCUUUUUUUUUUUUUUUUUUGUCUGCAGCAUAGGCUUUGAAUUGUCGAUUUGUAUCUUUUCUCUUAAAAGCUGGUAUGUAGGAAAAGGUAAUGAAUGGCAGCAGAGGAUUUUUCUUGUACAUAUUGUAUGAUCCUAGUUAAUUAAGGUGGCUGACUUGAUUUAUCAUAACAAAAUAUCUAAUAUUUAUCUGGCACUUCACCAAUUGGAAGCUAGUGCAGUCUCUGAUACCUUCAAUUACCAACAUUUUGAGAUAAGAAAUUGCAGCUGGGUAUCUGAUAUUGGUGUCCAUAUCAGUUGAUUAGACAAUUCAGGGACGAAAACUGAACGAGGGACUCGUGCACAAGUUGAAGAUAUCAUUGCUGUCCGUGAAUGCACUGCUUGAAGAUGCGGAGGAAAAACAACUUACAAAGCCUGCGGUGAAAGCGUGGCUGAAUGAGUUGAAAGAUGCUAUCUAUGAUGCAGAAGACGUCUUGGACGAGAUAGCCACUGAAUCCUUGCAACGUAAGUUGGAUGCUGAAUUUCAAACCACUGCUAGUUGAUCUACAGUGGCUAUUCUCAAUGGUUCCUCUCCCUUUGAACCAAGAAGUACUACUAUAUCUUUUGCAACAAUUAGCGUGUGAUAUCAAUAAUGACCUAGUUCGAAAACUUGCUUGGAUGACAGAUGUAGCUAAUGCCAUAAUCCCAACAGACCCGAUGAUUGCAAUGCAUGUGCAUGUGCGGCUCAUAUUCGAUCAAGUAUGUAACAUACUCAACCAUAUGCGGUGCUUGCUUUCAUUUAAUAGUGAUGAGCUCUCAAGUAUCUAUCGUUUGAUGCAUGUCAUCAAUUCCAUGCGAUUGGCCCUUGUUGUUGACAUGUUGUAAUGUAAUUUUGUUAGUAUGAAGGAAAUGGGAUCAAAGUGUAAUUUUGGUGAUCCCACCGUGCAAUUGUGGCAAGUUGUUGGAAUAUGUUUUCUUGAUAAUUAUGGUGCUAUGAUUUAUUUUGUUGUGCUUUUGGUGUUUGGUUGGCUUUUGAUUUGUGGAUAUGGAAGCGAUUAAUUGGAAUGAUUUAUUAAUGAUGGAGAGGGGAAAUUUAUGGUUGGCUUGGUAUGGUGUUUAGGGUGAAAAUAUUUGGGUUGUGAUUUUGGGUUCAGGUUUGAAAUGGCCAGAUUUUGGUUCACUUUUCAUAGUUUUCCUAAUAAAAAAAAGCAUUUUUCUAGCAAACUAACAACUCUAGUUUAUACUGAAAGAAUUACGCAAUUGCUAUUCAAAGAAGACAAGAUUCAGACAAAUUUUAGUCAUCCAUAUGAAUCCAUGGAAUGAUGCAUCCUGCUUUUCGCCAUCAGUGUAAGUAUUGCAGUAGCGCUUGAUAGACUUCAAAACUGUCUAGAUUGGGUGCUAGCUUUCCACUUUCCUUGCCUCUCGGUAAACACCUGAUGCACAAUAUGAAGUAAUAUCUAGUUAGUUAACGAAAAAGGCACAAACAGAUGCACAAAUUAAUGGUUUAUAGUGAUAGACAAAAAGACAAUAUCCUUUAAAACUUCAAACCCAGAAAUUCGGCCCUCGAGGCUUCCACAACCAAAAUUUCAAAAAAUAAAAAUAAAAAUUGAUCACCACUCUAUAACUAGAUGGAUCUUGGAUUGCUGUAAAUUUUCACAUCCAUUACGAAGAUAAUCCAGUGCCAAACACCAAACACCCAUACCAAAUAUCCAUACCCAUAGAAUAGAAAAAAAAAAUAAAAAAAUCCAUACCCAUAAAAAUGCUUAACAGAACCCAUGUAUAGAUCAAUGGAGAGAGAUAGAAAGAAUACCGGUAGAGGAUGGCCGGUGGAUGGUGGCCGACCGCCGAACAGAAAGAGAACGUCGCCGAUAGAGAUAAAACUC